CCGGCCAAAAAUUGAUGUUUUGACUUCGACACCAUUCUCUCUGGUGAUCAUGUUGGCUCGCUGUCGUGCCCUGCAACGCCGCGCCGUGCCUGCCGCCGUCCGCUCCUCGGUGCAUCAAACGGUGGCGUGUCGCUCGCCCGGUCCAUUCGUGUACAAGCCCAAGUACAUGAGUCUCCAAGCAGCCACCAAGGUGGCGACACUGGAGAACGUGGCGGCAAACCGCCCCAUUGCGUGGUGGCUCAUGGGGUGUGCUGGCAUGGUGGGUGCCAUGGUCGCCGUGGGUGGCGCGACGCGGCUGACUCGGUCUGGUCUGUCCAUGGUCACCUGGAAGCCUCACGGCGGCCUGCCUCCCAUCACGGACGCCGAAUGGGCGGAAGAGUUCGAACUCUACAAGAAAUUCCCCGAGUACCAGCAGCGCAAGAGCAUGACGGUCGACGAGUUCAAGCAAAUCUACUUUUGGGAGUACAGCCACCGCAUGCUCGGACGGACUGUCGGCUUGGCCUUUGCCGCGCCGCUCGCAUACUUUUUGAUUCGCAAGCGCAUUCCCAAGGAAAUGUACGGGCGGUUGGCUACGCUCUUUGGCCUUGGCGCGGUCCAGGGUGGCAUCGGGUGGUGGAUGGUCCGAAGCGGGUUGGAAGAUCGCGACCCCACGGACCGCCGCGAAAUUCGCGUCAGCCCAUACCGUCUCGCCACUCAUUUGGGGAUGGCGUUUACGACGUGCGGGCUCUUGACGUGGACGGCAUUUGGUGUGUUGUCGCCGCCUCUUGAGUCGACGUUCAAGCUAGUUCAAGACACAAUCACCUCAGCCGGGCUGCAAAAGAUCACGCAAGUCCGCAAGUGGCUGCACCGGUCGGCGACGCUGCUAGCGGUCACGAUUGCGUCGGGGGCGUUCGUCGCCGGCAUUGACGCGGGCAUGGCGUACAACACGUUCCCUAAAAUGGGCGACCAGUGGCUGCCCGACGGCAUGUUUGACAUGGAGGUACCACGCGACCAUGGUCGUCGAUAUCGUCUUUCUCACCAAGUGACACGCACCUAGCCCCUACACGUCAACUUCUUUGAGAACACGCCGCUCGUUCAGUUCGAUCACCGCAUUCUAGCCUUGUCGACGCUUGCGGGCAUCACGGGAGCUUACGCACUGGCGCGCAACCCGAACGUGUGGUGGCAAAUCCCGGCGCAAGCAAAGACGGCCCUCAACUUGAAUGUGGCGGCAGCCGCGGGUCAAGUCGCGCUCGGCAUCACGACCCUGUUGAACUGCGUGCCGAUUCCACUUGCGAUUGCGCAUCAAACCGGCGCGCUUGUGCUCAUGACGUCAACCGUGUACACACUGCAUACCCUCCGCUUUGCGCGCCCGUUGGGCUACAAGUGGGCGUCCACGAUCAAGCAGGCCUCCACCCACAAGCCAUAGACAACCCCAUGUUCACGAUAUACCGGUCCAUCUCACAAUAGAACACACUGUGAUGAAGGCCAGCGUUUACUUCACGAAAUCUGCUGCAUCGUGGUAGUUUCGAGAUGGUGUCGGAGGGAGUGUAGUCGCAGGAUGAUACGAUUGUUGUCGCGCAUCACAAUCUACUCAACAAGAAGACCAGGACCAGUCUCAUUUGUGGCAGAAGCUUCGAGGCCAAGUUAUGUGAUGUCUCCGCAGCCCUCAUCACUCGUGCGCACAGGCAGUCAGCGCUAUCGCAAAGGUGCACACGCAGAGCAGCGCGGCGCCUGGGCGGUCGACUGCCUCCGUCUGGUUGAACCGACGUGGUGAUAGAUGCUUGAUUGCAUGAAUGCGGAAACCUGUUGUCUGGUUUUCCAUCACAUGAGCCAAUCAGAUGACUUGAAUUCCAUGUUUUCAACCAAUCAAACGUCCGAU